GAGUUUUCGUUAUGACGAAUACGAGUGACAACGCGAUCGCCGCGGAUUCUUCGAAAAAAUCCGUGGACCUCGCGCGGAAGGAGCUAAACGCGAUAUUGAACAAAAUAGAAGACUUGAGACUUCCGAUUAAAGCCUGGCGGAUGCUUCGUGCCCGUUCGCGACUGCGACCAACGAAACUGAUAAAAGUCCGCACAAGGCACCUGUGGCUCUUGUUGCUGAUCGCCACGUGGAUUGUGGUGCAAGUCGCGUGGACGUACGUGCUGGCGUAUCGAUAUAGUAAGUGUUGGAUAACGACGCCCUCGUUUGUGCAAAAACUUUUCCGACCUCCGCAAGACUGCUCGAUCUGCCAGGAUGUUCAACAGGUUGACAAACUCUCCGCCGUCGAUCCAACGAUCUUUGAACAACGCUACGCGUAUUCAGGGAAGCCAGUGGUGAUAAGCGAUGCAAUGACGAAUUGGACAGCACCUACGGUGUUCUCCUUCUCAUUUUUCAAAACGCUAUAUCACGGAGAGGAAGCGAAUUGCCAGUUUUUCCCGUACAAAACGGAAUUUCGGAGUCUGCAAGAUGUUUUCGACAUGAGCGUCGAUCGAGCCAUGAUGGAAAAGGGCACGACGCCUUGGUAUGUCGGAUGGAGCAAUUGUGACGAGAAAAUAGGCGUAAUAUUGAGGGAGCAUUAUCAGAGACCGUAUUUUCUUCCCGCCACUGCCGAAAGCAAGAAAACGGAUUGGAUUUUUAUGGGAAGCAAUGGCUAUGGCGCACCGAUGCACGUGGACGAUGUGGAUUAUCCUUCCUGGCAGGCGCAGAUAAAGGGUGAAAAAUUGUGGAUUUUAGAUCCGCCGAGAGAAUGUCACUAUACAUGCAAGAGGCUGGAAGUGAUUGUGCAUACCGGAGAGAUAAUCGUCUUGGAUACGAAUCGAUGGUAUCACCAAACGAAAAUCAUUUCCGACGACAUGAGCAUUACCAUCGGAGCUGAAUACGAUUGAA